UGGUUAAAUUGUCCUUAUCUUCAUUCCUCUCUCUUUCCUUGUGGGUGACCACUAUAUAUCCCCCACCUCUAUCUCUUCCCUUUUUUUUUCUCUUUGCAGAUGCAGAUUUUACCAUUUCCCAUUUUCUUCCCUUUCUCUUUCCUCUGCAUCUGCUAAUAAUCUCCAUUAAAAUCCAAUUGAAUGAUUAAAUUUCUGGAGAGAGAAAAUCAAAAGAGAAUAGUAAUGCCUCAAUUAGAGGACGAACUCUUCCCUUCAACACCUGGGAAAUUUAAGGUUGAUCAAAGGGGUGCUCAUUAUUUCAUGAAUCGUCAGCUUCAUCGUUGUUUCGCUUCCACUAGUACCAUGUUUCUUUGGGCGUUGUUCUUGAUUGCUCUUACGGCGUCGUAUUUGAGUUUUCAGAGUUUCGUUGAUACGGGUAGCAAGUAUUUUACCGCCUCUUGGGGCGGUAUUCAAUGGGAGAAACAAGUACGGACAUCCGCCCAAAUCCAUCGAUCUGGUGGUAUGUCCGUCCUUGUUACCGGCGCUGCCGGUUUUGUCGGGUCCCACGUCUCCCUCGCCUUGAAAAAACGAGGCGAUGGAGUCGUGGGCCUCGACAAUUUCAACAAUUAUUACGACCCGUCGUUAAAACGGGCUCGUAAGAAUCUACUACAAUCUCAUGGAAUAUUCAUAGUCGAGGGUGACAUCAACGACUUCAAGAUCGUGUCGAAGCUCUUCGACACGGUCGCGUUCACACACGUGAUGCACCUCGCGGCUCAAGCCGGUGUUCGAUACGCGAUCGAGAACCCGAUGUCGUAUGUCCACAGCAACAUUGCGGGUCUAGUCAACUUGCUGGAAGUCUGCAAGUCGGCUAACCCGCAACCGAGCAUCGUAUGGGCUUCAUCUAGUUCCGUCUACGGGCUCAACGAGAAGAGCCCGUUCUCCGAACUCGACCGAACCGACCAACCCGCAUCCCUCUACGCCGCAACCAAAAAAGCCGGCGAAGAAAUCACCCACACAUACAACCACAUAUACGGGCUCUCCAUAACCGGGCUCCGCUUCUUCACCGUAUACGGCCCGUGGGGCCGGCCCGACAUGGCGUACUUCUCCUUCACCCGAAACAUCCUACAAGGAAAACCAAUCACCGUUUACAGAGGUAAAAACAAAGUCGAUCUAGCAAGAGAUUUCACAUACAUAGACGACGUCGUAAAAGGGUGUUUAGGAGCAUUGGACACGUCAGGAAAAAGUACCGGAAGUGGCGGUAAAAAAAGAGGGGUAGCACCGUAUAGAAUAUACAAUUUGGGGAACACACAACCGGUAACGGUACCGACACUUGUCGGUAUAUUAGAGAAGCAUUUGAAAGUGAAAGCGAAGAAGAAUGUAGUCGAAAUGCCUGGAAACGGUGACGUUCCGUUUACUCAUGCGAAUAUUAGUUUGGCCCAAAAAGAUUUCGGGUAUAAGCCCACUACCGAUUUACAAACCGGGUUGAAAAAGUUUGUUAGGUGGUAUCUUUCUUAUUACGGCUACAAUAACGGCAAGCCUGUAAAUUGAUUUAAUUUUUUUUUUUUUUGGAAGUAAAUUUUUUUGGUCAAUUACAGAUUUUUGUUGGGUAAUUUUUAAAUUUUUUAAGGGUGGAGAAAUAUAUGGGGGUUCUCUUUUUUCAAAAAUGGAAAAUUAGAAUUCCAAAAAAAGAAAAGGAUAAAAAAAAAAAAAAAAAAAGUCAUGGGUAGAUGAAAUUUUAUUUUUUCAAGAAUCAUAUCUGUAAAGGAAAAAUCUUUUAUUUUAGGUGCCAACUAAUUUUCCCAUAUUCGCUUACUUAGUUACUUUGGAUAAUUUAAUUUUACUUCAUGUGUUGAUCAGUGUUAUUAAUUACUUAGUGAUAUUUAUUUAUGCGCUCAAUUAUAUAAUGGGUAUAUAGCUUGGCCGGUUGGUCAUUAUUGA